CUACAUUUUAUACUGAAGAAAAUUAGUAAGUCAGAAACGCCACAGGAUUUGAACUCCAAGCAGCGGACGAGUAGCCAAGCUAAGAGAGUAGGUGUGGUGGAGCAGCCCUUCACCUGGCAGAACUAGGUAUCAGGUGGAGAAAAAGGGUUUAUCUGGCUGAUGACCUCUGGCGGUGGACAUGGAGUGGCGACAGUGUGAGGGCACCACCGAUGUGAAUAUGUGUGAAGACAGUAAGAUCUGGGCAUCAGUGAAAAGGCUCUGUCUGGCUAAUGGCCUCGGGGAGCAGGGCCGCAGUGGAGGGAUCCUCGCUUUAUGAAUGUGUGGCUUGGAGUGGAAGGGUACACCAGGAGAAACUGUGAACUUAGUGAGACAGCAAAGUCUGGGGGAGAGAGAUGCACCAGAAGCUGUAAGUAAAGGGUGAGUCGUGAGUAAGGGCAUUGAGUAAUGACAGUGGGGAUGGGGCACAAGGGACAGAUGUGCCAGCCACUGCAAGUCACAGGCUUGGAUGCAAGGAUGAGGUUAUAAGGUAAUUAAUGUUAGUGUUAUGAGUCUGGGCUUAAGAUUGAGGCACUGUUACAAGGGCUGUGAGGAGGAGACCCAGCCAAAGUGGAGAUGUCAGGGGGCGCAGGCAGGCCUGGAAGUCCAAGGGCUGACUGAUGGAAUUUGAGAGAACCGAUAGCCGUCGUUGAGUGUGAAACACUGCAGCGUCCGGCACUGGGGAGCAGGCAGCUCCAAGCUAGAGUGAGGAAACGGCCAAGGGACUAGCAUGAGAGAACCAGAGGAGGAGACUGAAGUCAUUUUUCCAAUGGACCCAGCCUUGUCCAACAGUACCCAGUGCCAGCCCCACAGACUCCACAACGCCCUCCCCUGCCUUCUGGGCAUAGUCUAUAUCAGUGGGUUCUUCCUGAACGGUCUGGGUCUGUGGGUGUUUGGGUGCCACGUGAAGAAAUGGAACGCCAGCAUGGUGCUGCAGUUCAACUUGGCCCUAACGGACGUGCUCAUCACACCCGUGGCUCCCUUCAUCGUCCUCUAUUCGCUGACGGACCACUGGCCCUACGGACAGUUCCUCUGCCAGCUCAAAGUCGGUCUGCUGAGCGCUCACAUGUACGGGAGCAUCUGCUUUCUGACGCUCAUCAGCAUUCACCGGUACCUGACGGUCGUGCAGGGAGCAUCCAAAUCCCGCUGUGCGGACAAGAGCUUCGUCAAAAAGCUCUGCCUGGUGGUCUGGGUGGUGCUCCUUCUCCAGGGGCUUCCCUUCUUCGUCAUCCUGGAGACCUCGGAGGUGCACAACUCCACCAAGUGCCUCAGCAUUCACCAGUCGGGUAUGGCGGUGCUCUACUUCUCCUACAACGUCGUCGUUCUCAUCGUGGGUCUCAUCGUUCCCUUCACCGUGUGCCUGGUGUGCUACAGCUGGCUGAGCACCUACAUUUCCAGACUGAACGCCCGCAGUCUCAAAAGCCGGGCGAUGAAAGCCAAGUCUGUGCAAGUGAUCGCCGUCUGCCUGCUCAUCUUCACCGGCUGCUACGUCCCGGUGCACGUGGCCAGAACAAUAGGCGUGACGGUCAAGCUUUUCUACCCAGCACAUUGUGAACUCUUGCACAGGACUGAAGUCAGCUACUACGUAACUUUCACCAUCUCCAGUAUGAACUGCUGCUUGGAUCCUCUUUUGUACUGUUUUGCUUCAAAGCGCUUUAGAGAAGCGUUUCAAAGUUACAUCACGUCCGUUCGAUGCCUGUUUCCUGGGAGUCGGUGUCUCAAGCCCUUGAGAAAGGCAGAACCUACUGGUUCGACCAAUAUUGGAAAAUCAGCUGAAAUAAUAUAACGGAGCUGAUGUGAUUUAUUUCAUUCCCCACUUGAUGAAGAUCCCACCACUUUUGCCAGUGCUAGAUUGGUCUUGCUCCCUAACUGUCCUGAGGUCCCGCAGGGAAGUCCAAAAAGAAAAACAUCAUUGUAGCGUUCGACACAGAAGGUGCUGCAUACUCACUAUCUCAGUAUUCAGAAUUGGGAAUGAGCAAAACCAAUCACCAAGCUAAAUUUGAGAAAAAAUAUUAGACAGUAAAUUAAAAUAGGACAGGCCUUUU